GAUCCAUUUUUUCAUCACUAAUUUAUUUCGAUUUUGUGUAAAUCAAUGUGUUCCCAUAAGACUCUUUUGAGAAUCAUCAACAAAGGUGUGCCCUCUCCUCCAACCCAACAACAACUUCAACUUGCCCAUAACAUAAUCCACAACCUAACCAAUUCCAAAUGUUUCAAUUUCAAACCCAGCGUGGAACUUCAGUCCAUGAUCUCCUGCAUCACCCCCCACGUUACCUACCAUGUUCUCUCGGACCCCACUCUCCCACCUCACUAUUGCUUGGCCUUUUUCCACUUACUCCCAACCCACUCUGCACCCAAACCUGACCUUAAGGCCCACAUGAUUCUCCUUUAUAGGCUCUUCGAAGCUCGAAAAUUUGCCUCAAUGAGGAGCAUUUUGAAUUGUGUUGUCAAUGAUGUGGGAACUCGGUUCCCGGUUAGGAAUAUUUUUUCUUUGGUUGAUGAAUGUGAGCCCCAUUUUGUUGAGAAGCUGUGUGAUAUGUUGUUCAGGUUGUGUGCUGAUAAGAGGUUGUUUAAAGAGGCUUUUAAGGUAUAUGGUUAUGUGGAGGAAAGGGGGUUGGUAAUAGAGGAGAGGUCUUGCUUUGUGCUUUUGCUUGCUUUGAAGAGAUGUGGUGAGGUGGACUUGUGUCUUAGCUUCUUUCGCAGGAUGGUUGAGUCGGAUAGUGUUGAAAUUAUGGUGCAGUCUUUGACUGUUGUGAUCAAUGCAUUGUGUGGGAGAAGAGGUGUUAAGAAAGCCAAGGAGUUAUUGGUUGAGAUGUCGGAUAAAGGCAUAGUGAAACCAACUGCAUUUACUUACAAUACUUUGUUGAAUGCGUAUGUUGGGAGGAAGGAUCAAAGGGGUGUUGAUGAGAUUCUGAGACUGAUGGAGAAGGAGGGAGUUGUUCCUAGUUUGGUUACGAAUAGUAUUUUGAUUCAGUGGUAUGCAAGCUCUGGCAAUAUUGGGGAAGCUGAAAAGAUAUUUGAUGAAAUGCACAAAAGAAACAUGGAAAUGGAUGUUUAUAUCUACACAUCGAUGAUAAGUUGGAACUGUAGGGUAGGAAAUAUUAAAAGAGCAUCUGCUUUGUUUGAUGAUAUGACUCGGAGAGGCAUUGUUCCUAAUACUCAUACCUAUGGUGCAUUAAUUAGUGGUGUAUGCAAGGCAGGCCAAAUGGGGGCUGCGGAGAUCUUGUUAGAAGAGAUGCAAAAAAAGGGAAUUGACCUAAAUAUAGUAAUAUUUAACACGAUGAUGGACGGUUACUGUAAAAGAGGAAUGAUAGAUGAAGCUUUCAAACUGCAAGUUGUCAUGGAAAGUAAAAGAUUUGAACCAGACGUGUUUACAUACAAUAUUCUUGCUAGUGGGCUCUGUACAUUGCAUAGGUAUGAGGAAGCCAAGAGGACUUUAAAUAGUAUGGUAGAGAAAGGAGUGGCUCCAAAUGUUGUGACGUCCACUACAUUUAUUGAGAUAUAUUGUAAGGAAGGAAACCUUGCAGAAGCUGGGAGGUUGUUUAGGGAUAUGGAGAAAAAAGGAGUGGUGCCUAAUAGUGUUACAUAUAAUACUCUAAUAGAUGCAUAUUGCAAGAAAGAAAAAUUAAAUCAAGCUCAUAUUUUGAAAAUUGAAAUGGUGCAGAAGGGGUUACUGCCAGAUGUAUAUACAUACACAUCACUAAUACACGGGGAAUGUAUUGUUGGUAGGGUAGAUGAGGCACUGAAUCUUUUCAAUGAAAUGUUGCUAAAGGGCAUGAAUGGGAAUGUUGCAACAUAUACGGCAAUUAUUUCUGGUUUAUCCAAGGAGGGGAGAGCAGAUGAAGCAUUUAAGUUGUAUGAUGAGAUGAUGAGAAUGGGUCUAACACCAGAUGAUAGAGUUUUUGCUGCACUUGUUGGUAGCCUCCAUAAACCCGCUUCUCAUUCUGCUGUCUUUAAAACAAAAUAAGUAUGGGGAACAAAAGUAGACACUUCUGAUACCUUGUACUGAUCAAAUAUGGUUUAUCAAUUUCACAUGGAAAGGCAGUACUUACAUUCAUGGAUAAGAUUGAGGUCAUGAUUUUGUCCUUGCAUGCAAGCUAAAAAAAACCUGUAUGGUGAAAAUUCAUCUUCCACAUUACCAAAUCAGUGCUUGGGAGCACAAAUAUUCUGGUGUUGGGUAAUAUACAAAUCUUGUCUUUUUUCUUGUUUUUUGAUAAAUUAUACAUUCCUGAGUUUGGUGAUUGUAGACUUUGCUGGAGUUGUUUACAGAAGUGGUCAGAGAGAGAAAGAGGCUCUAGAUACCAACUAAAACUCUUCUAAAUAUGUGAAAUUUCCUGGGAAAAUUCCUGAUAGGCCACAUAAAUUGAUAUUUAAAUCUGAUU